UUUGUUUUUGUUUUGUCUGUUAUAGAGAUUGACGAGCGAUAGCCAAGUGUUGGAUAUUCAUAGCACAGACUCUUCGCGCUGGGGUCAAGUCCUUUUCCAGCGUUAGCGGUGCUUCAAUUCUCCUCGGCCUUCCCUGCGCGGCAACCCGAUAGCAACCUAUUAAUUUUCCCCCAGCUUCCCAUUCAGGCUUUUCCGAGUAGCUGGCGUUCAAACCUGAUCAACUAAAUGUUGCAUAAAUAGUAAGUAUUGAAUCACACGGCCCUUAUAAGAAACCCUCAUCGAACUGGGCUUCUGCUUUUCUACAUCCCCCCCUUUCUUUUCCCUUCCUUUCCCUCUUAACAAUGUCCUACGAGCCAAAGGACCCCACACAGGACAAGAUCCCCUCCAGCGGCUAUGCUGCGUAUGGCGAGGAGGCCCUCGCCGACGGUCAGGAACACACCCUCAAGCGUCAACUCAAAUCCCGCCAUAUUGCCAUGAUCAGUAUUGGUGGUGUCAUUGGGACGGGACUCUUCCUUGGAACAGGGACUGCGCUCUCAAACGGUGGGCCUGUAGGUUUGCUCCUCGGUUAUGCAAUCAUGGGGUCCAUUUGUUACUGCGUCAUGAUCUCCUUGGGAGAGAUGGUCGCUUAUCUACCUAUCCCUGGUGGCCACAUCAAACUUGCUGAACGCUUUGUCAAUCCUGCCUUCUCAUUCGCCAUGGGGUGGAAUUACUGGUAUAACUGGGUGAUUGUGUUACCGGCAGAGCUCAGUGCCGCGGCUGUGCUCGUCAACUAUUGGGAAAAGCACAAAGUGAACGACGCCGCUUGGAUUACUAUUUGUCUUGUCGUGGUUAUCAUUAUUAACUUGCUUGGAGCGGGUGCAUAUGGUGAAGCUGAAUUCGUCUUUGCUUCCAUCAAAGUUAUUACCAUCACUGGUUUGAUCAUUCUCGGCAUCAUCCUUGAUCUAGGGGGAGGUCCAAAUCAUGACCGGAUCGGUUUUCGUUACUGGAAACACCCUGGUCCCUUUGCCCAAUAUCACAAAAUCCGUGGAGCCGAAGGUCGCUUUUUAGGGUGGUGGUCCGUGAUGACCCAAGCAGCGUUCUCGUAUAUCGGAACCGAAAUCGUCGCUAUCGCAGCCGGAGAAGCCAAAAACCCUCGUCGUAACAUCCCACGAGCCAUCAAACGGGUUUACAUCCGUAUCCUUCUAUUCUACAUUGGUGGAACUUUUGUGAUCGGAUGGCUCGUUCCUUCCACCGAUAAAAGACUUGGUCUCACAUCGGAUGCCGCUUCGUCCCCCUUCGUCAUUGCCAUUUCGAACGCUGGGAUCAAGGGUUUACCAAGCGUGAUCAAUGCGGCGCUCCUCACGUCCGCUUGGUCAGCUGCUUCUUCCGACUUGUACACCUCUUCGAGAGCUCUGUACGGACUGGCCAUUUCUGGAAAUGCCCCUCGUAUUUUUGCACGAGCAAAUAGACGUGGUCUACCUUACGUCUCCGUCACCUUUUGUGCUUUAUUCUGUGCACUUUCUUACAUGGGUAUCAAGAAAGGGUCGGGUAAAGUCUUUGGUUGGUUCGCGAACAUGACGUCCAUUGCGGGUCUCAUGACUUGGUUCGGUAUCUGUCUCACCUACGUCCGAUUCCACGCUGGUCUCAAAGCCCAGGGAUUCGAUCGUUCCAAAUUACCGUUCACAUCUAGUUUACAGCCUUUUGCAGCAUGGUAUGGGAUUUGUUGGACGUUGCUGGUUUGCUUUUUCUCCGGUUGGAGCGUGUUCUUGAAGGGUAACUGGUCGACGGCUAAUUUUGUUACGAAUUAUCUGCCGUUGGUGCUCUUCCCGUUGAUGUAUUUGAUUGGGAGGUUCGCGGUGUAUCGGGCGCCGAUGGUCACUCCGGAGAAUAUGGAUUUCGUGAGCGGGAUUGCGGAGGUUGAGGCGGAUUCUUAUGAUGAACCACCUCCGGAUAAUAUUUGGGGAAAGUUCUGGGCUUGGUUGAUGUAGAUGAAAGGGGUGGGGGGGUUGAUGGUUAUCCCGUAGGGCUAGUAAGUGACUAUGGGCGGACUUUUGAUUCCUAUUCGAUCGGACUUGCGAAUGUUGCGAUUCGAUAGUGCUCUUAACGCGGUCGUUUCUCUCAAUCGCUUUCUUUGCUCACUUCAACCUGCAAUACAUAUAACUCUUUCUGAGUUUUCUCUUCGGGCUUUAAUUUCCUUACCGUAAUCCCAACGAUGAAUGGGACAUCUUGCAUAUAGUGUGAGCUAGGAGUUGGGCAUCUAGAGCUCUUCAUAUUGAUCAAGUAAUGAGUAUCAAGUGUGAUUUCCG